AUGACUUAUCAUUUUCUACUCGCUUGGAAUUCUGAAAAGCUGGAAUUUGUUGGAAUUCAUCCGGAGACAAAAUUGCAUUGGAAAGGAGUUAUGAGAAAGAUGGAAGAUGGGAAAUGGGAAGUAGAUCAGACUCCAGGAGAUCAUGAUUUACAUUACACAAAUCAUGAUCUCCUGGAGACUGAUCCACUUCCCAUUUCCCAUCUUCCAUCUUUCUCAUAUCUCCUUUCCAAUGCACUUUUGUCUCCGGAUGAAUUCCAACAAACUGCAACUUGUCCGAACUCCAAGCAAGCAGUGAUUGAUAAGUCAUAG